AUGGAUUUCGUCGACAAAGCACCCUUGUCUCUAGAUAGGGAUAGAGUCACAUGCUUGCUUUUGAUUAAUACUCAUCUUAUGAAAAAAUGCAGUAACAUGUAUACCAAUGUCAUUUGUAACCAAUCGUUAAUGCAACAAAUGUCAAAUGAAAACCGAGCCAACAUUACUCAGUCGUACGCUAACUACAUCAAGAGACUACAGUGUAAUCUAACGACCUUGAACUACAUAUACGAAAAAUAUCAUGGUCUGCAACAGCAGCAGCAACAGGCCUCAAGAUCUACAUUUCCUGUGGUAUUAUCGGCACCUCCAGAUAUGCCUGAGUUGUUUCCUUUGUACGCAAAGUUACAAGAGUUGUAUGCAGAAGCAUUGCAGUACUUGAGAAUGAAGAUGGAUGAGAUGAGGAAACAACAGAUGUUUCAACAACAAAAGCAGCAGCAAAUGCAGCCACAGCAAUCAGGUGGAGGGGGUAUGAGCCAAUUCCAACAACCACCAUUACCAUCCCAACAACAGCAGCAGCAGCAACAACAACAGCCCAAUCUGAUGCACCUACAACAGCAACAGGUUCCCACACAGCUGCAGUUGAAUAUGCAACAACAAAGUCAACCUAUGCGACAACCACAGAUGCAACCAUAUCAGCAGCAACAACAACAGCAUGCACAACCACGUCUACAUCCACAGAUGCAACAGCAACAACAACCACCACAACCACCCACACAACAGCCCCAACAACAGCAACAACAACCCCCACUCUCGGCAACGAAUUCUCAAUUCCAACAGCCAUUCGAUGAUAUGUUACUCGCAGACACAUUCACUAACCCCUCCUCACGCGCACCGCUGGGCAUGAGCAUGAAUACAACUGGCGUGGGAGUCGAUUUCACCAACCAGAAUUUCAGCAAUGGUGGAGUGAUGAUGGGCAAUGGAAUAAACAAUAGUGCGCUAAACAGUGGAUUAAAUAGUGGCGGCAACAGUUUCCAAAUGUCGACAUUAUCACCACAACAAAUUUUGCAACAAGCUAAUGAAGCUAAGAGUAAUACUAGUGAUAACAAUAAUGGUAACACUCCACAUCUUGAUCUGAAUGAAUUUGGAAUAUUUUGA